GCGAGCGCCCUCUCCGCACCAGGGAAGCCCACCCACCUGAAGCCAAGAUGUCCAGCAAGCAGACCAAGGCCAAGACCACCAAGAAGCGGCCACAGCGGGCCACGUCCAAUGUCUUCGCCAUGUUUGACCAGUCCCAGAUUCAGGAGUUCAAGGAGGCCUUCAACAUGAUCAACCAGAACCGUGACGGCUUCAUCGACAAGGAGGACCUGCACGACAUGCUGGCCUCACUGGGGAAGAACCCCACCGACGAGUACCUGGAGGGCAUGAUGAGUGAGGCCCCGGGGCCCAUCAACUUCACCAUGUUCCUCACCAUGUUUGGGGAGAAGCUGAACAGCACCGACCCGGAGGACGUGAUCCGCAACGCCUUCGCCUGCUUUGACGAAGAGGCCUCAGGUUUUAUCCACGAGGACCAGCUCCGGGAGCUGCUCACCACCAUGGGCGACCGAUUCACCGACGAGGAGGUGGACGAGAUGUACCGCGAGGCACCCAUCGACAAGAAAGGCAACUUCAACUAUGUGGAGUUCACGUGCAUCCUCAAACAUGGCGCCAAGAACAAGGAUGACUAGGCCACCCAGCCCUUCCGACGCCAGGCCCCGUCCCAGUCGCUCCCUCCCCUGCACACUCCCAGCUCCAUACCACGACCCUGCAGGACUCUCUUGGGGACCCUCCCUUGAGGGACCAGGGUCCCAGCUUCCAGGGAAGGGAACAGACCGAGAGA